UCGUGAACAUUGGAUCAUUCUUCGCCAAAUCUGCGUAUUUCAAUAAAGCUUCGCGAGGGUCUUCAUCACGCAUACUACUCAGUGGGAUACUGUCAUUAAUAAACUGCUCAUCAGGUUUAGAUUUCAUGAAAGGAGUGACCAUAGGGAUUUGUGGUCUGCGAGGAUCACGGGAUCUGCCAGAGGCUGUGAGGCCCACUGUGGGAUGGCGAGCUGCGUAGGAGGAGGUAUUGGUGUUUGUUAGAACGCCUCCUGGAGUGAUGAUGCUGUCUCCAGAAAUUCCCGUUGAUUGGUCGGUGGUAAAGUUGGGGUCAUCGUCGACGUGGCGCUUCUUAGGGGCUCGGGACAUAACAUCCACUGCUCCUCGGGAAGAGGUAUUUGGAUUGUAAAGCACGUGAACUUCUGAGUUGGCGGAUCCUGUUACAAUUUGAUUGAGCUUUGGAUGCCAUUGCACUGUAAUUAAUGGCGAUCCUGGAGUUACUGGCGUGACAAGUUCUGGUUUUAAAUUUCCUGGAUUUAAUAUGUGCAGGUGACCAGAUACUGAUCCUGUCAAGAUGCUGGAUCCAUUGGGAGAAUACUUGAUAUUCGUCAUGGAAUAAUGAUCUGACGUUGAAGGAUGGGAUACGGUAACCACAGGUGUCUUGAACCUUCGUGUAUCCCAUAACUUGAUAAGGUUAUCACCACCUCUGGUGACAACCAUUCGACCAUCGGGGCUUAUAUCAAGGCCCCCGGUCCAUGUAUUUGGUGUAUGGGCUUCUCUAAUUUCUGCUGUCGGUCUGGCAAAAGGUCCAUCGCCACUCCACAUAACGAGACUUCCAUCCAGGGCCGUUGCAACCAAGAUAUUACUGCCACCCUGCAAAGGACUUCCCCAUACCACCGCAGUCAUUCUCGUUCUUCCCGCCGAACCUGCUGCUCUCGACUUAUGCACAAUCACUUCUUUUUGACUUCUCCGGAAAUUGACAUCCCAAAUUCGCAACGUGCUGUCUGUACCAGCCGUGACGCAAAUGUCUCUGUUUGCUGGAUUCCAUGUGCCGGUUGUUACUUCCGAGAUAUGUCCCUUAGUGUUGUUCAUAUCCCUUAAAUACAUAUCUCCCUUUUGGAAUUCUGCCAGCACCUCACCAUCUCUGCUCAUCACUUUUGCUUGAGGAUGUGCCGAUACGCAUAGGAAGGUGCCUCCUGAGAGGGGAUUGAAUUCCACAUGGUUGAUAGGAUGUGUCUCGGAAUUGGUCGACGUUUUCGAAGCACUUGGGUCAACACUUUUGAAUGCUCGUAAUGUUGUAGGUGUCAUAGAAGCAAAGUCGUGCAGCUUGAGGGUACAAUCUAUAGAGCCACUGAUUAACCGUGAUCCCGAGGGGUCGAGGGCCGUGGUGGUGACUGCGCGAUCGUGGGUUUUUAGGACCAGUUCAUGGGAGACGGGAAAUUCGUCCUCUUCAGAUUCGUCGGAGUCGUCUGAGUCGUCUGAGUCGUCGGAUCCGUAGUCCUUCAAUGCUGGCUCUUGAUUUGCCCGGCUCUCGGUCCCUGCUUCUACUUCCUGUGAUGCAAUUGCUGGAAUUGCCUGCACUGAAGCUUUAUCAACCACCCUUUUUGUGCGCCCAAUUUGCGCCGCAACAUCUGCCUCUUUGGUUUUCUUUCCAAAGGACUGCGGCAGGAAUGCCCUCAUGAGAUCAUCCGCUGCCAAUUCAGGCGUAUCGACCUCGAAAUCAUCGUCGUCGCUCAUUUUUCGGCGCGUCGCAGUUUGGUAUCGUGUUUAUUGUCCUUGGGAGUCAGGGAGGCUCGAGAGGCUCCAAAAAGGUUCGCGCUUCGUUGCGGUUAUGACUCUGCAGGCGCGUGCGGGCGUUCUGGGGUGUUCGGAGUCUUGGCUUGGUUCUGCCAGAUGACGAUGUAGCCGCAUCAACCCCGAAAGCUCGCAACCAACCGCAUCCACUUUCCGCAGUCCUACGAGGACAUAUUCGUACAGUACGAGUAUUCACCUGGAAACGGAAAUCGGAGAAAAUUCAGCUGCAAGUCCAUCAUCGCUCUCUACCGAUUCAAGGUCCCAUAUCUCCUCAAGCUUAUGUCGGAAUCUGCCUUCAACACAACUUUCCGGGAGUCGUUCGCUCUGCGGGGGCCUAUGAGGGGGUGAAACUUGAAAGUCGAUCAAUUACAACCUCAAAAUUGCCAUGUAUCUCUCCGCACCUGCUGUCGACACUGCCACUCCUACCGAUCCCAGCUCUUUGUCGAAUUCUCCAGCUUCUUCUCUUUUCGGUCUCAGCAGUAUAUUCUUGGUCGCAGAUGGGGGGACACAGCUGCAGCGCUGGUCGUCAUUGAUUGGCAUCGUCACAGCAAUCAUCGGGAACAUCCUAAUAUCGUUUGCCCUCAACAUCCAACGGUAUGCGCAUAUACGACUACACGAAGAGAAGGCAAAGCGAAAAGAGAGGGCAAAGGCUUUAUCAAAAGGUCUCCAGGGUGGCUAUGGGACAGCGGGCACGAACGGGCACCAUUCGGAUCACGACCACAAUCACGAGCAGGUGGAUGGCGACGAGGACGACCCAUUGAGGAGAUCCUUCCUCUCGUCCGAUUCCGAUACUUCUACAUGCUCCAAGCAUGAGACCACGCAUGUUCAAACAUAUCUCAAGUCGCCAUAUUGGUGGGGCGGCAUCAUUCUGAUGACGAUUGGAGAAGCAGGCAACUUCUUGGCUUAUGGCUUCGCUCCGGCCUCGAUCGUUUCGCCGUUGGGCGUAGUUGCUUUGAUAUCCAACUGUGUGAUAGCACCGAUCAUGUUGAAGGAACAUUUUAGGUUGCGGGAUUUCUGGGGUGUGGUGGUCGCUGUGGGAGGAGCCGUUACGGUAGUGCUGAGUGCAAAGACCCAAGAGAAGAAAUUUGGCCCUCAUGAAAUAUGGGGCGCCAUAACGAAUCUUGAAUUCGAGAUUUAUAUGGCCAUCACAAUAUUUCUGAUAGUGGUUUUGAUGUGGGCAAGUCCGAAGUAUGGAAAUAAAACGUCACUAAUUGACCUUGGGCUCGUCGGUUUAUUUGGUGAGUGGUGUGCAUUUAUUUACAGAUUCUGCCCUGACAUUUUUUAGGUGGCUAUACGGCUUUGUCAACCAAAGGCGUUGCAUCAAUGCUUUCUUCGACACUUUGGAGAGCAUUUACCACUCCCGUGACAUAUGCUCUCAUUGCUGUUCUAGUAGGCACAGCUGUUAUGCAAGUCCGUUAUGUCAAUAGGGCUUUGCAGCGGUUUGAUUCGACGCAGGUCAUCCCUAUCCAAUUUGUUAUGUUUACCCUCUCAGUCAUCAUUGGAAGUGCCAUCCUGUACAGAGACUUUGAGAAAACCACUGGAGAGAGCGUAGCGAAAUUUGUUGGAGGCUGUCUUUUGACCUUCUUUGGUGUAUACCUCAUCACCAGCGGAAGACCUUCUCAUGAUGACGAGGAAGAGGUUGGGGGCGAUGCUGAUGAAGGAGAAGAAAGAAUCGGACUUCUACAUCAGGAUCCUAGCAGUGCCGAGGUUGCGCCCACGUUAAAGGAAAAUAACUUCGAAUCAGUACGACCAAAAGUGCAGGCUCGGCAUGGAGACGCAAACUACGAUUUUGAUCCUGUUACCAGAAGGUCAUCUCGGGUUAGUUUUGCAGAGUCCUCCUCGAGGCCGCGCACCCCGAAAAUGUUUUCAAAUGCUUCUUACCCGCAAUCCUCUCGGGAAGAGGACCAAACGGUUCUCGAAAAUCCUUGGUCGGGAUCAACUGAAAGCCUUCUGGAUCCAAAACCCGCAGUCAUCAGCACAAUAUCCACUCCUGUACUCCCUACGGAUGCACAAACAUCACUCAGCGAUUUAUUGAGGCCACAAGAGGCAGACAGGUCAUCUUCGCAUGGAAAUUUACACACGCACCCCAACUUACAACAAUCUCCUGCACCACCAGAGGCAGACCGACCUGUCACACCGGCUGCAAGACAUUCGAUAGCGCGUAUGAUACCAGGGCCUUUUAUCUCACCACUUUCUGGUGGGUUAAGUGUGGUCGUUGCAGACACACUACGACGUGGUGUUGAAUCACCACGUAUAAAACGACCACGUCUAUCAAUUCGAAGGUCAAAAUCUGGGUCGCAGCGGUUAUCACAUGGCACGAAUGUCAGUAGCUACUACGAUGAAUCAGACACACCACCGCAAACGGCGAACGCGUUAGAUCACGUUAGCAAAUCUUUGGGAACAGAAGGCGAGUGGACUAGAGUGACCAGGACGAGAAGUUUAAGUAAUACUUUGGGGGAUUUCCUUCGAGGGAAAAGACAGAAACUUGACAAUCGUGAGGGAGAUGAAGAGGCUGGUCCUAGUGGAUCGUGAUGUAUAUUCUUCCUUCUUUCUUGUCAUGCUUUUUGGGAUAUUGGAAUGGAAGGGACGGAGCACUUGGGAUUGCAUUGUUUGGGCGUUUGGGGUUCUUUAGCUGCUGGGAUGUACAAAUUGCAGUGGCUUUCUUUUUGAGAAGAAAAUAAUGAAAGGGAUUUUUUUCUGCGCGACUCUUCCUCCGUUCCUUUUUUUGUGCUUGCAUGUUCUCAUGGAAGUUAAAUGGGGUCUAUUCAUUCUUGUUGGAAAAGGUUGAUAUCAUAUCUGUAUCACAAUAUAAUCUAUACUUCAGUAAGC